GUUACUCUGAAAAAUCAAAAAUUAUUUCUCUAAUGUCCUCUAAUCUAAUCCAUUUCUGUCUGGAGUUUUCUCAUUAGAAGCGUACUCGUGCAGUUAAGUCUUCUGAAUCUGAAGAAUUGAUAAGUUAAUUAGCAAUGGCUACGGACGAUGUAAUUAGCAGCGAACAGGUGAUUUUUGUCACAGGAGGUUAUGAUCAUACUAUUAAGAUAUGGCAACCGCACACGGGUGUUUGUCAACGUACCUGUCAACAUACGGAUUCUCAAGUCAAUGCAUUGGACAUUACACCAGAUAAAUAUGUUGUUGCCGCUGCUGGAUAUCAGCAUAUACGAAUGUAUGAUUUGGCCUCGAACAAUCCUAAUCCAGUCAUCAAUUAUGAAGGAGUAACAAAGAAUAUUACGAGCCUAGGUUUUCAGGAAGAAGGAAAAUGGAUGUACACAGGGGGAGAAGAUUGUUCGGCAAGAGUAUGGGAUCUGAGAUCCAGCAGUUUCCAGUGUCAAAGGAUAUUUCAAGUGUCUGCCCCAGUAAAUUCCGUUUGUUUACAUCCCAAUCAAGCUGAACUAAUUGUUGGAGAUCAAAGUGGGGUUAUACAUCUCUGGGAUCUUCGUUCCGACCACAACGAGCAGCUAAUCCCUGAAGCUGAAUCAUCCAUUCAGGAUAUUUCAGUAGAUCAAGAUGGUACUUACAUGGCAGCUGUGAAUAACAAAGGACAUUGCUACAUUUGGACACUUACAGGUGGCACAGGAGACGAGCCAACAAGACUCAAUCCUCGUCACAAACUUUUAGCUCAUAAGCGUUAUGCUCUUCGCUGCAAAUUUAGUCCUGAUUCUACGCUGCUGGUAACGACUUCAGCGGAUCAGACCGCUCGAGUGUGGAGAACAACCGACUUUUCUGAAAUACAAGUUCUUCAACAUGAUGCUAAACGCUGGGUCUGGGAUGCAGCAUUCAGCGCAGACUCUCAGUAUAUAUUUACUGCUUCUUCGGAUGGAGUUGCGCGUUUAUGGAAUGCUUCCACAGGAUUAAUCGAACGAGAAUAUCAAGGACACCAGAAAGCCAUCACAGCCAUCGCUUUCCGCGACGAAAUAAUUCCCAUCAGCUAAACAUAAAGUGGAUGGUGCAAUAUCUUUUCUGUUUUUGUAUAAAAUUAGGAAUUUAUACAAGAAAUUAAUUGUUUUAUAUAAAUGACUGAGUAAUGUUCAUUUUUUAGUGUUAUUUUUUAAUAUAUUAUCUGCAUUUUUCUGUUUUUCCUUCGAUGAUUUUUUUCUUUCAAUUCAAUUUUUCAAUUGAAUUUACGGAUAAUUUUGUUGCUGAAUUAGAUGUAAUAAAAUUUAUUCAGAUAAUGCAUUAGUGAAAUGUACUAUUUAAUAUCACACAUAUUGAAGAAAACAAAUAGAAGAAUAGAAAAAUAUAUUUAAAAGAG